UUCCCUAUCCAGCACAGUAUGUGGCCGCACUGGACCUGAAUUCGCACUCAGCUCUCGACUUGAUGUAAAACCGACAAAGGACUGUUAUCGAUACACAAUGAUCGCCAAGCCAGUUGUAAAGAAAGAUGGCACCCAACGGUUAGCGCCAGCACCAUCAUCUCCUAAAUGCGGGACGGAACCAAGGAAAGAUAAUGGAUCGUAUGAAGCUCACGACUGCAAGGCUUGAAAAAAUGAAAAUGGAAAAAUGAAGAUUGUCUAUUGAUGUACGACCUGGUAAUGAGCAAGAGUUAAUAUGAAGUAGUGGUGUUGGACGACAUGCCACGACGACGCGCCGGUAUAUAUAUGCCCAUUACGUUACAGUAUACCAUUUCUACCAUGUCUUUAUCUCCACGCAACGCUACAGUGUUUCACGUAUAGCAGCGCGUACCAUGUCUCGUUCACUAUUCCCUUCUCUGGUAUUUCGUUAUUACCUUGGCUACUUAUACUGCCGCGCGGUUACAUGUUAUCAAUCAAUCUUUCCCCUUCGUACGAGCAUCAUGAGUGCUACGUAACGGGAAGGUACGUAGUGCGUGAGCCCAUAGUAGGAGAUGAGAGUACUGAAAAGGAAGGGCCAAG